AUGCUUGGUGGGAGGCAAAAGCAGAAGAGCUACGCCGAUCAACACGCCACGCUCCUCUUCAGUGGUCUGAAAUCUGUCUAUGGACCUUCCUCCAGCAUCCUGACCUCAGUUCGUGCAGACGAUGGGACCCUGCCAACAGACAAGGGGCAAAUACUUGAGCGCUGUACAGUCCACUUCAGCCAGCUGCUAAGCAGACCAUCCACCAUCGAUGAGCAGGCACUUCAGGAUAUGCCGCAGCGACCUCUGAUCCCCACCCUUGACGGGGAGCUGCCUCAAGACUUCAAAGAUGCCAACAUCAUACACCUGUACAAGAACAAUGGUGGGAAGGCUGCCUGCGACAACCACAGAGGCAUCUCCCUCCUCAGCAUCGCGGGGAAAAUCCUAGCACCCAUGCUGCUGAACAGGAUCACUGAGUAUCAAGUGGACAGAGUGGUCUCCGAGAGUCAAUGCGGCUUCAGACAGAAUAGAGGUACCAUCGACAUGGUCUUCGCCAUCAGGCAGCUGCAGGAAAAGUGCAUUGAACAGCGGCAAGACCUGUACCUGCUCUUCAUAGACCUGACCAAGGCCUUUGACACCGUCAGCAGACCCGGCCUUUGGUCCAUCCUGUCUAGGCUGCCCCCCAAAGUUCGUCAGAGCUGUACGGUGAUUGAUGUCUCUGAGCCCUUCCCUGUAACCAACGGUGUGAAACAGAGCUGCAUCCUGGCACCAACAUUGUUCAGCCUGCUGUUCGCCGAAAUGCUGUCAGCCGCACUCACCCAGAUUGACACUGGCAUCAAGAUCAGGUACAGGAUGGACGGACGCUUCUUCUACCUGCGGCGUCUGAAGGCCCACACCAAAGUGCGUGAAGCCUUGCUAAGAUCAUUAGCGGCGAUCAAGAAUGUUGAGGAUUUCACCUACCUAGGUAGCUGCGUCUCCUCGUCUGGCACCCUGGACCAGGAAAUCUCCUGCCAGCUGGCAAAGGCAAGCGGCUCCUUCGGGCGUCUUUGGACAAGAGUGUGGCUUGAGCGCACCAUCACACUGGGGACGAAAGUUGCGGUAUACAGAGCUGUGGUACUAUCAUCACUCCUGUGUGGCUGCUACCGCCGACACGUCAAGAAGCUGGACCAAUUUCAUCUACACUGCCUUCGCACACUCCUGGGUAUCCACUGGGAAGACCGUGUGACUAACCAGGAGGUCCUUUGGCGUGCUGCCCUGCCUGGCAUCGAGGCCCUGAUCAUACAGGCUCAGUUGAGGUGGUCAGGCCACGUGAUGCGAAUGGAAGACAGCCAUCUUCCAAAACAGCUCUUCUGCUCCGAGCUGUCCAGAGGCUCAAGGAAACAGGGAGGCCAGAUCAAGCGCUACAAAGACUCCCUCAAGCAGUCCCUGCGGGCCUGUAACAUCCCCAUCACUGCUUGGAGGCAGUCCACACUGUCAGGGUUCAAGGCCUUUGAGGAGCGUCGCCUUGAGCAGUUUGAUGCCAAACGCCAUGCCAAGAAAGACAAGAAUCAACCACGAUACUGCCGUAGGCUACUCGGUGUGCGGACGAAUCUGCGUAUCAGAAUACAGUAUACUCUGAACAAUUUAGUGAAAAGCUGGGGUUCGAGCGAGCUGCCUGAACCCUCACGUCGACUCGCUGAGGUACACCAACGGAAACGCAUGAUACUGCAGCUGAGGGCAGAGUUAAUGGGCGUGGGCGUCUUUGUGGACUUAUUUUAUGGUGGAGAGGAAAGGGUUGCCAAGUUCACUCCACCGAACUAG